UGAGCGCUUGGGAGCGACGCUCGCUCAGAGGAGUGAGGUGUGUAACCAAGAGCUAAAAUUGGUCUCGUGAUGAGGAAAAGUGAAGGAGCGAGCCGUUGCGCUCUGUUCUCUCGUCUUCUCAGAAAGAACAGAGGAUUCUUCCAUCUUUUUCCAAAUAACACAACUCCGGAAUACUAAUUUGAACUCGUGGAUAACCAUUUAAAGUGAGAUUCCUGAUUUUUUAUACUCACAAGGGAAUAUGAAAGAUUGCACAUCAAUACCAGAUCCUAUCAAAACCUCGUAACAUUUAAAUCACAUUUAGCUUUCUUUUCCUAAAGAAAUGGAUCCGCUCAUCACUUCCACUGACUUGCCAAGUAACUGGACAGACGACUUUACAGCAAAUGAAACCGAUAUAUACUGGAACCAGUUUGUGCAACCAGUUUGGAGGAUAGUGCUCUGGGCAGUGGCUUACAGCACAAUUGUCGUCGUGUCUGUGGUUGGCAACAUCACGGUUAUAUGGAUCAUUUUGGCGCACAAACGUAUGAGAACAGUGACUAACUAUUUCCUUGUAAACUUGGCUUUUGCUGAAGCGUCCAUGUCUGCGUUUAACACCGUUAUAAACUUUGUGUACGCAGUGCAUAACGAGUGGUAUUUCGGGCUUUAUUACUGCCGAUUUCACAACUUCUUUCCAAUAGCUGCAGUCUUCGCUUGUAUAUGUUCAAUGACGGCGAUUGCGCUCGACAGAUACAUGGCCAUCAUCCAUCCCCUGAAGCAGAGGAUGUCUGCGACCCAGACGAAGGUGAUCAUCACAGUGAUCUGGGUCCUGGCUCUUCUCUUGGCCUUUCCCCAGUACUACUACUCCAAUAUUGAAAAGCUGCCUGGGAGGGUUGUCUGCUACAUCGACUGGCCUGAGUACACUCUCCUGGACUUCAAAAAGAUGUACUACGUGUGUGUAGCAGUGCUGAUUUACUUCUUUCCUCUCUUGGUAAUGGGCUGUGCUUACCUGGUGGUGGGUUUUACUCUGUGGGCCAGUGAGAUCCCUGGAGAUUCGUCGGACCGCUAUCAGGAGCAGCUGGCUGCCAAACGCAAGGUGGUGAAGAUGAUGAUUGUUGUGGUGUGUACCUUUGCGGUUUGUUGGCUCCCCUAUCAUGUGUAUUUCCUGAUUUAUCACUUCCACCCGAACCUGUCUGAACAUUCCUUCACUCAGCAAGUCUAUCUGACUAUCAUGUGGCUGGCAAUGAGCUCCACCAUGUACAACCCCAUUAUCUACUGCUGCCUCAAUGACAGGUUUCGCGCCGGGUUCAGGCAAGCAUUUCGCUGUUGUCCGUGUGUCCCUAAGGGAUCCUAUGAGGGACUGGAGCUCAAGUCCACCCGGUUCCUUCAAACCCAGACCAGUCUAUACAGGGCCAGUCGAAUGGAGACCACUGUAUCCUGUGUGAUGCAGCAUGGUGAAGAUAGCCAGAAGGUCACUUUCGGAAGCAUCAAAGGGACCAGAGGGAGGCAUGCAGGUCACAGCCCAUGCAGGGAUCUCACCUCCAAUGGUUCAUCCACUCGUAGUAUCUCCAAAACCGUGUCAGAGACGUCCAGUUUUUACUCCAGUAAUAACCUAGCAGAAUAGAAAACACAGUCGGAGGAGAAGAGCCUCCAUUUUAUCUAAAUCUUUUAAUGACGCCUCUUCUGUUAAAGCAGUGUAUGUGUGCAUACAGAUUUUUUGGCUGGUAAGGUGUACCAAAUGUCACUGUCUUCAUACUUGAAAAACUCUAUGAAUGAGCUUUAUGAUUUAACAUUGAUUUUCCUGAAAAAUGCUUUUUUACCAAAGUGAUGUACUCGUAUCUAAAAGAGGGCCAGAUUUAUUGAUCGUGCAAUCACAGAAGACGUUUUAAAAAGUUUACAUUAAGGGGCAUUGAACCCAGUGGAUCAAUGAGACACAAUAAAAAAAUGAAAUUCGCCCUUGAAUAUUGAUCUCACCUUACAAACAACAAAACAACCUUUGUGGGUGAUUAGAAACGUGACAAAAAUAUUAUUCCUGAUCCCCACAGUCUACAAACACGGCCCACCGGACUUAAACCGUGAUGUGGAUUGUUGUGCAUAUCACAGCAAGUUGUUCAGAAACACAUUCAGCCUUCAAAAACUAAAAUGACUGAACAAUAACAUGCGGGGGCAGAGAUUUCGUUUUUUUUUUAAGACUGCCUUGGUGGUUUCAUGGCCAGUUAGAACAGCGAUCCAGUCCGUGAAAUGAACAUAAACAAUGUUAAUUGCUAAUUUUAGCACCUUGUAGCUUCAAAGGCAAAUAUAAAGGGCAGCAUUAAAUUACUUUUUAAGGUGUACCUGGAAACAUAAGUGCUCGGUGGUGAAAGCCCUGAAUGCCGUUCUGGCAUCAUUUUUUGGGUCUUACCUGCAUAUUUAUUUUUAUGAUAAUUACUAAGCUCCUCUCCCAUUGGUUACCACUGCCAGUUCAGACAAGCUUUACACAACAGUGCCAAAGGGAUGCAUUAGAGAUGGGGCGAUUUUAGUUCAGAUUUGCCUCAAAUGUGAAAAAACUGUAUAGACAUUAUUUUUACCAUGGUUGUUAUGAAGUGUGUUACUCUCAAGUAACUUAUAGCUCACAUAACACAUGCUGUUUCUGCUCAUCUCAUGUUAAUCUUGAGAACCUAUAGCAGGGUUUCCCGCAGCACUUUUCUGUUCUAGCGGCCCACCUAAGCUGGGAAACCCUACCGCCUUAACUAGGUCGUUCAAAAAAAAAAAUUUGCUAAAAAAUAGGCCGUCAAGUGCAUUUCAGAGAAUAGCGCAGACGCUCAUAACACCACAACCGGGCACGCACACCACACAACCGAAAUGGUCCGUCAUGUCUGGAGGAUAUCUAGUUGAUAAAACGCGUGCCCGUUAGAAAUGUAAGUGGACUUAUGUUUUGGGUUUAUUUAAGACUGUUAUUGUAUUAAUCUAUAGUUAUUGCAAAUUUAAAGUAAGUUAGCAGGUGAUUUUGUUGUUUGAGCAACCUGCUUGCUAGGUUUCACGUGCCUGUGCCACGUUAUUUAUGUACAAUUCUUUAAGAUAAUGUAAUUAAUAGUGGGAAAUAAUCAGUUUUUAGCAUUUGCGCUAUCUAUCAUCGUUCGCCAGAUGUUCUACAACAUCUGCUUCAGUUUGUGUUUAUUAACCCUUUAGUUUCAUCACACAGCUAUUUCCGUUAGAGGUAAAAACAUUUAAUUUAUCAAUAAUCUAGUAUGUGUUCAUUUUCUGUCAUAGUUUCUUCAAAAUUAAGUUUUAUUUGAGUGUUUUAAAUAAAAAUAUUUUAAUUUUCAUCAUAACGCGUACCCCGCCCCUUUAUUUGGCCGUUACUCGACCCGCACCCGCAUAAAUCACACACGCUAAAAUCAUUCCAAUUAAAAUGCUUUCUUUUUUAUCUCGUACCUCUCUCAACAUCAGUCAUAACGGCGUCAUGAAUGGGCUAAUGAAACAGGCUUAAGUGCUAUGUAUUACACCAGAGGUCCCCAACCACCGGGUCGCGACCCAGUACUGGGUCGUGGACAAGUUGCCACCGGGUCGCAAGAACGUCCCGAAAAAAUUUGUAUAAUAGCCACGUAAUACGUUAAUCGGGUAUUUUGUACUGUAAGAGCCGACUUCAAAUAACAUCAUUUCCACUUUUGAACAGAGCUUGAGUUUGAGUUUGAGCAUACAGUACUUCUAAAACACAAUCGAUCAAAGAAUUGCGGAGGUAUGACUUUAUGAAUCAUUUGCAAAUGUACGUCGCAAUGAUGUACAUAUGCGGAGACGUUCAAAUGUGUGACAGCGCAAAUGACUGAAAAGUAAUUAUUUUAUUCUUCUUUAAAACAACUUCAGUAUUAUCCAUCGAUCGUAGCACCAUGAUCAAAAUAAACUAUUAGGCUAAUAAUAUUUUAAUGGCUACACUUUUAACGUAGGUUUGAAAGGAACCUAAACUUGUCAAUCAUCAUUAAUAAUGGUAAACGUGAGUCUCCGUGCCUCUGCGCCCAGCCGCAGAUCUUCUGGCAUCUCUCCUCCUUCACUGCAUUUUUCUUCUCUUCUGUUACCUGGAAUUGGGUCUCGAGCCAAAAUUCGAGCUGCCUUUGAGAACAGCAAGCCAAGUUCGUGUAGGUUCCAUUAAUUAUUAAGACUAAAUGGGCAGCCAAACUAGUAAAAACAAUGAAAGUAAAAAACAAUCCGCCAAAAUAUGGUUUUACACUUCUUAUACUAUAGCCUAAAUAAAGCAAUUAUUAAUUUUUCUAAUGCAUGGUUGUUAUCUUUACUUCUGUUUAAAACGUAAAUUUCGAAAAGGAGGAUUUUCAGCACGUUUGAACAGCAACUCCUCGAACCCCCCCCCAAUAUCCCCCCCGGUCCGCGAAAUUUUUUUAAAGCUGAAACCGGUCCGUGGUGAAAAAAAGGUUGGGGACCCCUGUAUUACACCAUUCAAGUAGCCUACCAUCGCCACCUAAAUAGGCUAUGGAACCUGAUAACUAUACCCAAAUAGACAUAUUAAUGAAAAAAGAACAACAAAAAAUACAUCUACCUACACAACCCCUGCUGUGCUCCUACAAGUCUCGUCCAUAGACUGUAAAAAAAAGAUGGACGACGCAACGUCGCCUCCCACAAUUGUAAUGAAUUGAAGCCAUGACGGUCGCCGCCAUGUUACGUAAAAACGUCAGUUUGGAGCCAAGGCAUGCACAGAAGAAAUCGUCCGUGGAGCCAGGUAUCAAACUUCCGCCCAAACGCUUGCGCGACCAAUUCAACCACGCCAAUCAAACGACACGCCCCGUUUCUAUAGCAUCAAAUUACUAGCUAAAAUGAAACUUACCACAAUAAUGAACACUUGAACAUAUAUCAGCGUGAUAACAACUACUUGAAAGGACCAAAACCAUCUUUCGGAAACUUUUAUUGGAAGUGUAAAUAAUUUUUUUAUUUAGAGCAGAGUCCCAUUCGUUUGAAUGGAGAGGGCGGGGUUUAUGACUUGUACUGCAGCCAGCCACCAGGGGGCGAUCAAAGAGCCAGAGGCUUCACUUUAAGGUUUAUGAGGCACACCCGGUCUUGUCUCAAAAUGCUUUCUAAGAGAAGACGUUCCCAACUUCUGGCUAUCAAAGGCAAAACUUCUUUUUAAAACUUGAUUCUUCUGUAGUUACAUCGUGUACUAAGACCGACAGAAAAUUAAAAGUUCAGAUUUUCUAGGCAGAUAUGGCUAGGAACUAUACUCUUAUUCUGGGGUAAUAAUCAAGGACCUUGCUGCCAUAACAUGGCUGCAGGAGGCGCAAUGAUAUUAACGCAGCAGCCAAAAAUAGUCCCCUUAUUAUCUUUCACUAGCAGGGGACUAUUUUCAGGCACUACGUUAUAUCAGUGCACCUGCAGCCUAAAUUUCAGUCGGUCUUAGUACACAAUGUAACUACAGAAGAGUCAAGUUUUAAAUAGGAAAAAUAUUGAAACUCUUUGGUUAUUUUUUAGGCGCGAUGCUAAUGGACUAAUCAGAUUCAAUGGAUUAUGCUAAGCUAUGCUAAAACUGGUAGCGCCAGAUUCCGAAACGGUAAGAAUCAAAUGUUUAACUCUAGGGGAGCUGGAAAAUGAGCAUUAUUUUUAAAAAAGUGGAGUGUCCCUUUUAAGCCAGAGUAAAAUUAGGACUUCAGGCACCUCCCACAUUCACCAAGGUUGUGUCAUAGCAAUACGAUACUGAUGAUACAAUAUGUAACACGAGAUUGUGCCUAAAGAGGUGACUGGGCUGAGGGGUUUAUAACAGUUACAAGAAAACACCGGAUUGGGGGGAAGGUUAAACACCUGCUGUUUGUUUCGACUGGAGUCGGUGAGUGACAGCGGUGUCCGUUUUCCAAGACUGAGCAUUCCGUUCUGAUCAACCGCCUCUCCGGAGUAUUUAUACGUCUCUUCUUAGUACUUUCAUUGUUGAGCUCUGAGGCGAAGUGACGGUUGGCAGAGUGCUUGUUAUGGAGCAAUAUGUUCAGAAUAUUCCAGGCAGUAAAUGACCGUGAUUUGCGUUGCCUGAUUGUUUGGCAGGUGCUGACAGCUUAUUCCAGGUGCAAAUGAACCACGUUCUGUUCCAGCACUUUAAAGAGAUUUAAAAAAAAACUCUUCAACACAUUUGAUGAUGCUUUGGCACAAUGUGACUGCCUUCAAACUCUCUCUCUCACAUCACUGGCAUGUCUCAACGUCUGAUUUAUAUACUUGAAACCUAUUAGCAACUCCUAACCUAAAAUGUUAUUUUAAAAAGAAUAAUUUUCUUGCCUUCUAGUAUAAAUACACAAGACCACCCCCUCAAAGGAAUCAGGACAUAAGUGGAUAGAGACAGCUUAAAAAAAAACAGUAGAUUUAAGAGUUUAGUCGGAUUUACAGGAAAACAACACCAAAACACUGAAUUAGAAAAAGAUAUUUGGCAAAAAAGUUAUAAAGGUUUCAUUUGUCUGCCAGCCUGGGUUCGCCGUGCCUCGGUGGGCCGUAUUUGUCUAUGCGAGUGUGAGCACAGGAGGAUUGGAUCUCAUCAGCUCUAUCUCUCUAUAAUCAGAGUAAUUACUCAAGAGACCAGAACACAGAGGGCAGGACAACAGCUGUGUAUGAAAGCAUCGAAACACAUAGUAAUACACCCGCCAGCAUGCUUCCCAUCGCCCCAAGCCAUUCAGCACGGCUGCUUAAUUUCACUCAAAAUUGCGGUGUUUUUCAUUUCUGUACGUAAACAUCUAUAGCGAGCGUGAGCGUUUGUUUAGAGGUUCCCCUACAUUAGGCCAGCUGGUUGAGUUCAUCAGUUAUUCACAAAGUAAGAUGUGCUUUGAUUUGCAGCCAGCACAGGAGGCCUAACACCAGUGGACUGCUGGUUUUGCUGGCUUGAAGUCUCUCAUAACACCUAGAUUAAACAAGAUUUUUUUUCAAACUCUUACAAUAAUAACAUUAAAGGGAAUCGUAUCAUAUUUUUAUACAUUUUAUUAUCAUUCAAUUUUUCCUGUAGUCCACUUGCACCAAAAUGUUUUGUAAAUUAGCUUCAAUUUUCCAUUAUGCUGCAGUGACUUUAGAUCUUACAUAUACACUUUUUGCCAGUGGCGGCCGGUGACUUCUUUUUUCGAGGGCGCUGGAUGUAAAGUUCGUCACAACAUGUAUGUGGCCCGUCAUGUGUGUGGUCCAUAAAUUCAAAAUAUGUGUUCUCCGCGUCGAGUGAACCUAUAUGCAUCACGUGUCUUGUCAAAAUAAAUGCCUGCUGCAGAUGCGUCUAAAAGGUUUAUGAUAAAAGAGACGCUUGCGUUUGCCAGAUACCCGCAUAAUCUCAUGCGUAAUCAGAGUUUACUAUUAAGGGAGUGUCUUGCGUGUAUUUUGUGAACGUGAGCGUCUCUUUUAUCAUAAACAGUUUUGACGCGUGUGCAGCAGGCACUUAUUUUGACAAAACACGUGAUGCACAUGGUUCACAUGACGCAACAAACACAUUUUUUGCAAACACAAGCAACACACAUGACACUCCGAACACUUAUUUUGAAUUUGCGCCUCUCGGAUAAGCAGUCACCAGCCGCCACUGCCUUUUGCAUGUGUUGCAUAAUGCUGGGUUAUUUUCAAGCCAGUGUUGGGUCAAAAAGGGACAAACCAGCAAUGGGUUCAAACAACCCAGCAUUUUAUAGAGUGUAUAGUUGGCGCUGCACCAUCCUUCAAUAGCAGUCAAUCUUUUUGCAAAGUCCUCACUGCUUUGCCAUUUGUGAAGUUUGUGUAAAAAUGUUUGGUAACACUUUACAAUAAGGUUGUAUUAGUACACAUUAUUAAAUGCAUUAACUAACAUGAACAAACAAUGAAGAAUAUAGUUUAUUAGCACACUCUAAAAAUGCCUGGGUUAUUUUUGACCCAUAAUGGGUAAAUAUUGGACAGAACACUGGAUUAAAAAUUACCCUGUGCCUGAUUGAAAUAACCCAAUGUUGGGUUGUUGUUAUACAACCAUGGGGUAUAAUAACCCAGCAGUUGGGUUAAAAUAACCCAGCAUUGGGUCAACUUUUAACCCAGCAGGUGUUCCAAUAUUUAGCCAUUAUGGGUCAAAAAUAAGCCAGCCAUUUUUAAUUCUUGUUAAUGUUAGUUAAUGUCAAUACAGUUAUUCAUGAUGCAUUAAUUAAUGUUAACAGUUAAAACGCUUGAUUUUAUAAAUGUAUUAAUAAAUGCCAAAAUUAACAUAAAGAUUAAUAAAUGCUGUUGAAGUACUGCUCAUUUUUAGUUCAUGUUAGUUAAUGCAUAAACUAAUUGUUAACAAACACAACCUUGUAAAGUGUUACCAAAAUGUUUAUAUAGAUUUUUUGCUUCACCAAUGGUGGAUUUUGGUAAAAUAUAAACUUUAUUUUAAAAUGUAAAAUAAGUUUACAGAACUGUUAUUUUGAAUGAUUAAGGAUAACGUGACUCUUUUAACAAACCAUCAGCAGUUAAUGUUACAUUAUAAAAACAGAUUAUUAGUUUAUGUAUAUUUAAAUAGUUUAGAAUGCCAUAAAAUUUUGGUUAAUAUUUUUAUAUGUAAUAUUUACAAUAAUAUUUAAAAAAACAUAUUGGUUAUUCUGAAUAUACAUCAACUGCUGACCUAUUAAGAGUUACACACUUCAUACUCUAUGCUAAAGACUUUUCAGUAAAACGUAUUAAAAAGUGUUGAUAAAUUCACCCUAAACUAAUGAACCUACAAAUUAACCCUAAACUUAAUUCUCACCAUUUUCGACAAAGCAAAAUAGUAUUAUGUACAUAUCUUCUUAUUAUUUUCUCAAUGAUUUCCAAAAUAUGAGUUUGUGUAAUGUAUAUUAAAGAUAAUGUUUAUAUUCUUGCUUUUACAUACUUUAUCUUUGACCCUAUGUUGUAUGACUCAAGAUGCAACAUCUUCUAGAUAUGCUAAACAAAAUGCUUUAGUACUAGUAGCUAAGUUGUGUAAUUACAAUAAUGUUUAGCAAUUUUUGCUUUUAAUGUUGUGUUGUAUUGACCCCAUUUAUGUAUGCUUUUGAUAGAGAUUAUGUAUAUAUGCUUCUGUAUGCUUUGUCAAAUAUACUACCUAUUAGUUUUGUGUUUAAUCUGAACGUCUUCAUUACAAAUGCUCAGAUAAAUCAAAGUCUGGACAGAUAUUAACCACACUGUAAAAACUGAUGUGAAAUCAACUUAUAUUUUUAUGUUACUUCAACUUACUUUAAAAGUUUUAUCAUUUCAACUUUGUAUAAGUUAGGUUAACUUAUCACAAGUCAAAACUUAAAAUAAUAGAUUCAAUGGACAAGUUGCAAAACCAAGUUGUUUUAACUUCAUGCUGCAUUUUAUUUGUGUGACACAUAAAAAGUCCUAUUUAAGUUAAUAAUUAAAGAGUAAGGACACGAAUGUACGUAGGCUAUGGCUCAAAGUGAAAAGAAAGAGUUGUUUCUGCCGAGCUGACUGAUCUCUUUUGUUCCUACGACAGCUGUCAAAAAGAAUUGGAGUCAAUCUGCUUGCUUGCUGUUAUCUUUUUUUAAGAAUGUAGAUUGUGAAAUGAAUCAUGAGUCAUUGAGCAUUCAGCUCAGCAGUUGACAGUGCGCUCGGCAUUUACAGCUAAAAUAAAAUGUGCCUGUUGAUGAUUGAAUUAUUGCAGACAAAACCGAAAAAUUAAGAGCCAAGUUAAGGCCUGCUUGUGAUAGAUGACAUGAUGACAGGCUUCAGAAAGGCAGACAAAAUGAAUAGCUCGGCCUUUUAACUGCAGGAUCAGGUUUAAUAAACCAACAAUAAAUAAACAUAAUUGAGCCUAAAAUAAAAAAUAUGAAAGCGCAAAUCACUCUGGGCUUUACAAGGAUUAUGUUUUAACUCCGAGUCACUGUCCUUUUCCUAUUCGAUUAUGAGCAGCAUUUCUUGAAAGUAGAUGAUUGACAGCUUGACUAAAAUAGUAAGGGUGAUCAAAAAUCACCAGUGAAGAUCUUGAAUAUAUGAAGUUAUUUUUCCCACAAUUCUGUGGGCUGGCACAUUUUUGAAUAUCAACAUGUUUACAUUUCUUUUACAGAAUCCUUGUUGAGAAGCAAGAGAGGUGAAUGUGGACCUUUGAAAGCUGCCUCCAUUCUCCUCUCAUAGCUUCAAGUGUUUUUGGCUUUUUUAUCUCCUCUCAGAGCUUCAGUCUUUUUUUAACUUAAUAUUAAACUUAGACAGGAAAGGAGAUGGGUGGACAACACUGUAAAAAAUCUUUGCAGCCUUAAAAUUUAUUGUUUAAAUCAAUUCGGAUUUACAAGUAAUUUUAACUUAUUAUUAUUUAUGGGUCAUUAUAACUUAUUAUAAAAAUGAAGUUGACUUAUUUCGUCAUUUGACUUAUAGUAAAUCUGAAUUGAUUAAACUUAAAACUUAUUGAAUCAAAGAAAUAAUUACAGUGAAGUUGGACAUGUUAUGGGUGAGAUGUUAAACAUUUGCGAAUUGACACUGUGUCCAGUGUUAUUAAAUUGUGACGACUUGAUCCAUUCAUCAUUAAACAAUGCUGAUAUGAUUUUAAAUGUGGCAUUGUAAAAUGUUUGUAAGAAAAACCAGUCGCUUCUGUCCCUUUAAGUUGUUUAGGUCUCUGAUAUAUUGUAUCAAAGCAUAAAUAUAUCGCUUGGGUAUUAAAAAAAUAAACCAUCAA